AGUUGGCAAAGUGAGCAUAGGUUUAAAAAAGUUGGCAACUCGUAAACAAGCGUCUUUAAGUCAAACCGCCAAAAGUGACGACCACAUUAAAUUAAAAACAUUAAAGGAUACCAGUGCGCAAACCAAUGGAGAGAGAAGAGGUUAGCAAGCGCGAAAUGCGCUCUUUUUUAAUGCCACGGGAUCCUAGCAUCGAUCGUCGUUUUCGUCCUCGCCCCAACAAACAACUGCGACUCUUCGAUGAGGUGCUCCUUGAAACCAGCGAUAGCUCCACCGAUUGCUCAGACACAGAAUCGGAGUACACGAAAACCGGGGAUGAGGGUGGCAGCUCAAUAGAUAGCGAAAUGGAGACAGGGCCACAGGUAUUUCUACGCCUGCGACCUGUGGAAUCUCCAUCCAAAUUGUAUAUUAUCUCCGAGUGUGGAAAUGUGUUGAUCACUAGCGCCGCCUCCAACGAGAACAGCAGCAACAACGUGAACCGCAUGGAAAAACACUACAGCUUCACCAACAUAUUUGAUAGCCAAGUUGGUCAGCGGGAUAUAUACGACAAAUGCGUGGGUCCACGCAUUAUAGACGAGGAGUGCGUUACUAUCAUGGCUUAUGGUACAUCUGGAUCGGGUAAAACCUAUACGUUGCUUGGUGACAGUGUUAGGGCCGGCAUUAUUCCACGCGCUCUGGAACAUAUCUUUACUCUGUACAAUAAGCAGGUGUAUAUGGCAGCCAAGCUGAAGCUUGUUAAUGCGCGCAUGGUAAUCCUGGAAGACGAUGUUACUAUGAAGGAAAUGCAAAUACGUCGACAGUUGUUGGCGCUGUGCCCGGAUAUGCAGGCUCAACACCAGCGCCUAAAGCAAGUAAUCCAUGGCGAUCAUGAAUUCGAAGAGAAGCCAGCCGAAGAAGUGUCCGUCAUGAUUUGGGUGUCAUUUGUCGAAAUAUACAAUGAGCUCGUCUACGAUCUGUUGACUUUACCUCCACGUCAGCAAAAUAUGGAGGCUCGGCGGAAAAAUCUAAAGAUCGUUUGCAACAAGGGCCAAGUCUUCAUCAAGGGCCUGACUAGUAUAUUUGUGAGAAGCAGCGAGGAAGCUCUGAAGCUACUACGGUUGGGACAGCAACGUCUGACGUACGCUUCCACGGCAGUUAAUGCCAACUCGAGUCGUUCGCAUUGCGUCUUCACGGUGGACGUACUGAAAUACCAUCGGACGGGCAUGACCACUCAAAACUCAUACAAAUUCUGCGAUCUUGCCGGCUCAGAGCGUGUGGACAAAACGGGCACGAUCGGAUCCCGUUUAAAAGAGGCACAAAGCAUCAACACGUCGCUUAUGGUGUUGGGUCGUUGCCUGGACGCGGCCAGCUCAACAAAGAAGAAGGCCAAUGCUGAUGUCAUUCCAUAUCGGGACUCGAAGCUGACGAUGCUGCUGCAGGCCGCUCUGCUGGGCAAGGAGCGCUUGGCCAUGAUUGUCACAGUAACGCCGCUCGAUAAAUAUUACGAAGAGAAUCUAAAUGUGCUCAGCUUUGCCUCGAUAGCGAAGAAUAUAUUAUUUAAGCAGCAGUUGGUGAAGCAACACAACACGCGCUAUUCGCUAUUCGCCGAGUACAGCUCGACUGGAGACUCGCGCGACAGGCAAUACAUCGAAGAACUGGAAGCUCAGAACAUUAGUCUGCGUGCUGAGGUCGAACGGCUGAACUAUGACAUUGUGCUGAAGCUUCAGCUGCAGGAGGAGAAGCUGCGCAAGGAGCUGACCGACACAUUCGAGGCGAGCAUACAAACGAAUCUGAAGCAGUGCGAGGAGCGGCAGGAGAGGAAGAUCGCUAUGCUUAAUCGGGAAUUCGAGGCGAAGAUUGCUUCCAUCAAGCGCAAAUAUGAGGAGCAAAUCGAGGAUUUGCAGGACGAAAUCGAAGAAUUGAAAUCCCCCAAUAGCGAUAUAGAGAUAAUUGAUGACGAAUAAUUAAUCCAACGAUCUUAAUUCAUGUUGUGCAUGUGCUUGUGUGUGUUCUUUGUCGUCUUGGGGCGUUUCUUUUAAAAUUUA